CCUGCGCGUGGAUUUAACUCAGAGACGCAGUUGCUGCUGUCACAAUUGCUCCAGGAUUCUAAAUUGUGCGGAUCUCUUCUUCACACUGCAAACAUGGAUCUGAAACUAAUCGUAAUAUUCGCUCUGAUGGCGGUCGUCAUUCAUGCACCGGUUUCAAAUGCCAAGCCAAUUAGCCUGGUAGAGAGAUGCUGGUGCCGUUCCACAGUCAACACAGUCCCACAGAGAAGCAUUCGCGAGCUCAAGUUCCUCCACACACCAAACUGCCCCUUCCAAGUCAUUGCUAAACUGAAGAACAACAAGGAGGUGUGCAUUAACCCAGAGACCAAAUGGCUGCAACAGUACCUGAGGAAUGCCGUGAACAGAAUGAAAAAAGCCCAACAACAGCAGAGCUAAGAAGUCUGUCCAGAUGACAAGAGAAUCUGACAGCCCACCGUCACAGAUAUGUACCAUAUAGUCCUCUGGCAUGCUUGCUGACCCAGCACUUAACCUGCCAAAUAUGCAUCCCCAGUAAAUGACCACCAGACCAUCAUUGCCACCCAUGUAGUCUCCUCUGUUAGCACCAAGUGCAAUUUUAUAUGUAUGACUGUAUUUUUUUCUUUUUUACAUAUGAUGUAUAUACAAUGUUUUUAUAUAUCGUCUUAAAACAGUAAAGAGCUAUUUUUGGAGUCGUGUUUGCUCCUUGUUGUUGGGUUAUGUUGGGUUAGGCAGAAGGGCAUUGAGAUAAUGAGGUAUUUUGGAGCAAACAUUCAAAACUCUGAAAUAUAUUUUAAUCUCAGAUGUAAAAGAAUAUGUGACUUCACAUUAGCAGGACUGAAGUUCUGACAAUUCAUAUGCAUGCAAGUGCUUUGACAGAAAAAUAAGGGCAUUGUUUUUUAACUAUUUCGUUAUGUAUUUUACUACUUCAUAACUUAGACAUCUGUAACAGCAUAAACUACAUGUAAACAUUAUAUAGCAUAUAAAAAAAGAGUCACUUGUUUUUGUUCUUGGAAAGGCAGGUUACUUUGCAAAACAAACAUGAACAUUUACCCAAAUGGUUUUUGAAUGACUUUAUGUAAUAGGCUUAGUGGAAGGCAUUCGAACACCGAUAGAAAGUAUUUUGCAACGUUCUGUAUAUACCAAAACAUCUGUGCUUGCAAAUGUUAAUGGUCCGAUCAGAGUGUGCGUAAGGAGCUUGGUGUCACAACAUAUUAAUCUUGCUCCAGCAGAAUUAUGUAAUCAACAGAGACAUUAGAGACGUCAGUCAACAAAGAAAAAACUAGAGGUUAGUGAAUUUAAAGCAGUGCUCUGCAAGUACUAAUUCAUGCAAUGAUGAAAAACUGAAUUUAAAGCAUGGUAGGCAUGAUAAUCUCAAAAAACAAAACAAAACAAAAACAGCAGUGUUAGUGGAACAUUUGAGGCAGACCUUGAGGCAGAACUAAUUGAUGUAAUGACUACCUAUAUAUAACAAUGCACUUUAUAACCCCUUGUGACAUUGACAGAAAAAAAAAAGAUUCUGAAUGACACCCAUGACGUAGUGAAUAGUUCUAGUGUCUUUGUUUAGAUGUAGUUAUGACUGUACUGCCAAAUGUAUUAAACAUCUGUAUCUUCAGCAUCAGAA